AUGCCGACGUUCUUGUCGUUGACGUUGGAGGGUGCGACGGCUAUUUCGAAGGCGGUGGUGGGUAGUUUCUCGGCGUCGCGGGUGCAGGAGAUAGUGGCGGCGCAGGGUACCGGCUUGGUGUUGUACAGAGCUUCGGAAGAGGGGGAGUUGACGCUGGUAAGUCGCGAGGAGACGUUCGGGUUGGUUCGGGAGGUGGCUGCGUUUCGGCUGACGGGGAUGCAGCGUGACUACGUGGCGCUAACAUCGGACUGUGGACGCAUUGUGGUGUUGCAGCUCGAAGGGUCGCGUUGGAAGCGGCUGCACUCGGAGACUUACGGCAAGACCGGUGUGCGACGGGUGGUCCCUGGCCAGUUCCUGUGUGUGGACCCGAAGGGCCGCGCACUCAUCAUUGGGGCAGUGGAGAAGCAAAAGUUUCUGUAUAUAGUCAACCGCGACAACCAGAACCGGUUGGAGAUCUCGAGUCCGCUAGAGUGCCACCGCGCGGGCCAGGUGACCUUCGAUAUGUGUGCGCUGGACGUAGGCUACGAGAACCCUGUGUUUGCUUCUCUCGAGGCCACUACCGAUCCCCCACAGUCGCGGAAGCAGGUCUGCUUCUACGAAAUGGACCUGGGGUUGAAUCACGUGGUAAAGAAAUGCAGCAUCGACGUCGACCCCACGGCCCACUGCCUAGUGCCCGUCACCGCCGGGGAAGACUUCCAGGACGGCCCCGGCGGCGUACUCGUGGCCUGCCACAACUACCUCGUGUUCGUGAAGCCGGACCACGAACAAAUCUGCUGCGCCCUUCCGCGCAGACUCGAGAUGGCCGCCGACCGCCCCCUCAUGACUGUGUGCUGGACCGCACACAAAAUGCGCGAUUUCCACUUCAUUCUCGUCCAGAGCGACUACGGCGACCUAUACCGUGUCGAACUGCGGGCAGACGGCCCGCUUCUCCACGAAAUCGUCGUUCGCUACUUUGACUCCAUUCCCGUGGCCAGUUCGCUCUGCGUACUGAAAACCGGCUACCUGUUCGCUGCCUCCGAAGUCGGCGACCACAUCCUCUACCAGUUCCUCGGCGUCGGCAGCGAUGAAGAGGACGUAAAACUGUCCAGUUUCCAAAGCGCGGCCGCCCUUCCCAGUGAGGCGGCCGGCCUUUCCAGCGAGACCGCCGCCGACGGCAUGGACGGCGCGGCGCGGGUGAUUUUGCCAUUCCGCCCGCGAGGGUAUCGGAACAUCGUGCCGGUGUCGGCCUGUGCGUCACGGACGCCGUUGACGGAGAUGAACGUGGUGGAUUGUAUCGGAUUGACUCAGUCGCCACAGGUGUACGCGUUCCGGGGCGCGGGUCCGAGUUCGAAGUUGCUGAUAAUGCGGUUGGGGUUGGGUGUGACGGAGGUGGCCGCGUCGGAGGUCCCCGGGCGGCCGUUGGGCGUGUUUUCGUUGUCGGAGAGUUCGGGGUCGCCGGUCCACUCGAUUUUGUUGUUGUCAUUUGCGUCGAACACGUUGGUGAUGCGCGUGACUGACACGAUUGAGGAGAUGCCAAACACCUCCCUGGCACAAGACCGCUGUACGUUGCACGCGGCCACGCUGGCGGACAGUUCGAUCCUGCAAGUUACGGAGUCGGGCUGGAUGCUGCUGCAAGUCGCGGAAGACGGCCCAACCGUACAGGGCGGGUUCGCAGUCCCACGGCGCACCUCCCAGUGGCGCGUGCCGCCGGGCAAACGCGUUGUCAGCGCCUGCUCCAACGCUACCCAAGUCCUCCUUGCUCUCAACGGCGGACUCACGGUUUACUUUGCGCUUGAAAACGGCGCUCUGCUCGAAGUAGACGCGCGUGACCAGGGCAUCGAGAUAACGAGCAUGGCCCUCGUACCCACCCACAGUGACCUGCCCCAGAAGGGACUAUUUGGCGUCUUAGCCGGCGUUGAUCGCCUCAUCCGAGUCGUCGCCCUCGACGGCGACCGCCCGCUUUGGCAUCUGCUCUCGCAGUACCAGGUUCCCAACGACUCGCACGCCGAGUCCGUGCUCCUCACCACGUCGCCCCAGCCCUCGGAGCUGAGUCUGCUCAUUGGACUGAGCACGGGCGUGCUCCUUAAGCUUGGCGUCGGACUUAACACCGGCGUCAUCGGCGUCGGCCGCCCACGCCGCAAGUUUAUUGGAGCCAACCCCGUCAAACUGACCGAAGUCGACGCCGCCGCCGAUGGUGGCGGCAGCGUCAAGGGUGCCGCCGUGCUCUCCACCAAGCCCUGGCUUGCCAUCGGACACCAGGAACUCCAGCCGCUCGUCUCCGGUCCCAUCGACUGUAUAUGCUCCCUCAACACCGACCACUGCGCCUGGGGCUACGUAGCCGUCGUCGACAACGUCAUGAAAAUCGUCAACCUCGUCCGCAACCCACACGACAGCCUCUUCUCCACCGUCGAGGUCCCGCUCCUCUACACACCCCGUAAAGCGACUGUCUUCCCACCCCCACCGACCCUGCACGAAAAACAAGACGCCCUGCUCAAAGGACUCCCCAUCAUGCUGGUACCCCCCACGCCACUCCGGCCUUGGCUCAUGGCCGUCAUCCAGUCGGACCACAAUGCCUUCGACUUGGCUACACAGGCUCAAAUCAAACGCGCUCUCGAAGAAAUAGACCUGGGUCAAGGCCCCGCCGCCGGCGCACCUCAAGAGCCAGGCGCACUUCAAGAGCCUGGCUCGGCGCCGGAAUGGGGUCUCGGAGGCGAUGCGACGGUUGCCCAAGCUGAUGCAGCUGCCCAAGCCGAUGGAGCCAUCAAAGAGGAGGAGCAGAAGCCGGAACCGUUCGAUGCUAAGCAAGAGGGAGGCGGGCAACAAAAAGCAGCGCAGGCGGGUCUGUCGGUGUCUGGAGGUGAGGACUCGCUGGAGGCGGAGUUCGAAGCGGGGUUGGCGCAACAGUCGGGAGUUGAAAGUGACCAAGUGGAGGGUCAGAAGGGGGUCGAGGGCCAGGAAGGGGUCGAGGGCCAGGAAGGGGUCGAGCAGUCAGCGGUGGCGGGGGAAGAGGAGUAUGGGCCGACGCCGGAGCAAAUUGGCACGUUCAAGGCGGGCGACGGAAAGUGGGGCGGCGCGUUGCAGUUGAUAUCGCCAAUGACGGGUGUGUUGUCAACGGUUUCGUUCGGUGUGGAUGAAGCACCGGUGAGCAUAUGUGUAUGUCAGUUCAUGGAGUAUCCGGAGCACCCGGCGUUGGUGGUGGGUACGGUGACGGGGUUGAGUUUGAAGACGCGUAAGUGUCUGCGGGGGGGGUUGCGAGUUUAUGUGUACGACGCAGCGGGAGAGUUGGCUUUGUACCACGAGACGCCGUUGGAGGAUGUGCCGUACGCGUUGUGUGCUUGGCAGGGUAGGUUGUUGGUGUCGGUUGGGCAUCGGUUGCGUAUCUACACGUUGGGCAAGAAGCGUGUGUUGAAAAAGUGCGAGUAUAAGAACCUGCCGCUGGGUAUCAACUGGAUUGCCGUGUAUGAGAACCGGUUCUACGUGUCCGACAUUCGAGAAGGCUUCCACGUCCUCGAAUACGACGCCAUCGAGAACUCCAUGAAGGUCAUUGCUGACAUGAUUGUACCCAGGUGGAUCACGACUGGUGAACUUCUGGACCCCUACACCAUCGCCGGCGUCGACAAGUUCGAUAACUUCCUCGUCACGCGACUCCCCAUCUCCGUAUUCAAGAAAAACGCCAACGUGGACACUACUCCAAUCACCACCAAAUCAGACCUCUCGUACCUCACCGGCCGAAAUGAUAAGCUAGAAAGACUCUGCGAAUUCCACCUGGGCGACAUAGCUACCGCCCUACACAAAUGCCAGCUCACCCUUAACGGCUCAGAAUUGCUCCUAUAUACAACCAUACUCGGCGCCAUUGGCGUCAUGAUUCCGCUGCAAACACAAAUUGAAAUCGAUUAUUUGUCCCAUCUCGAAAUCCUUUUGCGGAACGAAGAUGUCUCUCUGGUCCAUAGAGACCACCUCUUCUUCAGAAGCGCCAUAUUCCCAGUUAAAAACGUAAUCGACGGUGAUCUGCUGAUGACGUACCAAAAACUCCGAAGCGAUAGGCAACUGUGGAUCGCGCAGCAGAUGGACCGAACACCCAACGAUAUUAUUAGAUUGCUAGAGGAUAUACACAAUCGCGUGGUUUGA